CCGAUACGAUCUGCUAACUUCUCACUCUUCCUAGCAAUUGCCGCCAUUUUUACCAUCGGGACCUGGGUCAAUAGGGAGGACGUCCCUUGGUACGAUUCUCUUCGUACACCCUUGUUAGUGAAUGAUGAUGCAGAUCUGGAACAGGAUGGGUUGAGGGCAGAUCAGGGUGGUGAAGCCAGGACCGGGGAAGUCGUUAGGGAUAAUGCGAUACCACUGGCAUCCAAGAGAUGUAAACCGAAUGUUCAUUCGCGGAUAUUGGCUCGGUUUCCCUUCAUACUCGAGAUCUUCUACUGGCUGCUUAUCUACUGGAUCUACCAAGGCUCCCGAGCCAUCUCCGCACGAGUAAUCGCGGGCCACAAAGCCAUAUUCGACAAAGCCGAGCACCACGCCCUCUCCAUCCUAUCCCUAGAAGAAACGCUUAGCAUCAACAUCGAACUCCCAGUCCAACAAUUCGUCCUAAAAAGAACACCAUGGCUCAUGCCCAUCCUCGCCCAAAUCUACUACUCCCACAUCAUCCUCGGCGUCGCAUUCCUAGUCUACAGCUACACCUUCCUCGCGCGCAACACAUACCAAAACAUCCGUCGCACACUCGCCCUCUCAAACGCAAUCGCAUUUAUAAUUCUCUCACUUUGGCGCUGCGCACCGCCACGCCUCCUCCCCGAGGAGUAUGGCUUCAUCGACGUGCUGCAUAAUAGUCGCUCGGAUUCGGAUUCCGCAUGGACGCAGAAUAAAUUCCAGUUAACGAUUGCUGCGAUGCCGUCGUUGCAUUUUGGGAAUUCGGUGCUUAUUGCUUUUUGUCUGGUGAGGUUUAGUCCGCAUCUUGUUUUGAGGGGGUUGGGGUUGCUUUGGCCGGUUGCGAUGGGGGUUACAGUUGUUGCGACCGCUAAUCAUUUUUUGAUGGAUGUUGGUGUUGGGGUUGUGGUUGUUGCGGUCGCGUGGUGGUUUAAUUGGGGGAUGUUGGUUCUUUUGCCGGUGGAAAGGGUUUUGUUUAGAUUGUGGAGGUUGGAGAAACCUCCAGGUGGUGGUGAUGGUGAUGGUGAUGGCAGUGGUGCGUAG